AUGGACCCUCUCUCGUUUACCGCCAGCCUUAUCACCGUGGUUGGACUCGUUGCCGCGAGCUCCAAGAAGAUCUACGACCUCCGGGAAAAGUUUCAUAACGCUCCAAAGGAUGUGGAAGACCUCUUGGGGCAACUUCGGACCUUCGAAAGCCUUCUUACAGAACUGAAGACGCAGUUGCGAGAUCACCAGAAUUCUGCUCCACCGCAAGAGACGCUUCAGCAAUUGUGGGGAAGUUCACUCGCACAGAUGCAGCGAGACGUGCAGAGCUUACAAAGCGUCCUCUCUAAAGUUGAACCUCUGCUGAAGAAAAAGUCGAAGAGCUCGAAAAUGCUGGUGCUAGCUCGUCAGAUACUUAGUGAGAAGGAGGUUGAAAAAUAUCGAAGGAAGAUCGAUACACAUUGUGUCACUUUGACGAGCAUACAAGCGAUGGUCUGUGGCGGAAAGCUCGACAAACUCUCCCAAAGUAUCAUCCAACUUGGCGACGAAGGUAGGACUGGCUUCCGGACCGUCUCCUCGCAACUUUCACAAUCCACGAGUCAACUAGGUGCUGAGGUCAAUGAUGGCUUCUCAAAGGUGUCGUCUCAACUUACCGGUACCGAGUCGGCGAAUGAAGUAAGACAUCAGACGGUUCUCGCUCACUUUGACGGUCAUGCCCGAUAUGAUGAGCUCAAUACUGAGAAAAUGGAUGAAGUCUUCCAGCAACAGGUCAGGUCCAUCGAUAUGAAUGAAGCAGGCUUUCAAGCCGUGCAGUCCAGCCUGACCGCCACAUCAUCAUCCAAUUCGAAAGAUCACAACACAACUCAUGCUAUGCUCAGUCAAUGUCAGGGCCACUUACAGCAAAUACUCAGAGAUCACAUCACCUUCGGAACGGUUGAACGUAGCGUACAUUUGCCGUCAUCACGCCCUAAAGCCUCGGAUUCUGCCACUUCAGAGACUACAGUAUUCUGGAACUACCGAUUCCUCCGCUUGCCGAUCGGAACGCUGCGAAUCCGUUUGAAUCAAACUCGGCAAACUAGGAAUUCGAGACGUUCGACUCCACAGGUCUGCACAAAGUCAGAAAUCGCGGUGGAGUUUGUGCCACCACGGUGGCUGUCAAGUGCCGUCAUCAGAUACAGUAUAGAGAUGAGUUGCGAUUUGAUCGAGAGCCAGUGGCGCUGGGGGGCGACUUUGGAGCCUCUGACGGUCAACUAUAACUCAUAUUUUAUCGAUGCAGUUAAAAACUGUGAUGUUGAGGGUGUGCGAAAAUCGUUCGCAGAAGGUUUAGCGAAACCGACGGAUUACAUAAUAGGUUACUUUGGUCCCAACCAUUGGGUUGUGUUCAUCUGGUCUUGGGGUCCUAGUGAUGAUCAUCAAUUAUCUUUGAUGUUCGACUUCCUGGUGGAAAACCGUCAUCCGGGCCAGGAAUUUUGCUUGUCUGUAUCACGGGCACUGGUGCGGGACCUCGCCGAGCAAGACCUUCUACGAAACGAUAUGAACAACUACGUAAAACAUGGUGGCCAAAUAUUGACGGCGCAAUCAGAGGUCUUUAUGCGUUUCUUUAUCGAUGAUCCACGUGGCCGUAUUGACUGGAUUCCGGAUCUCUUAUUCAACUCAUCGGAACCAUGGCUGAUAGAUGACUUCUCGUCACUACAAAUAUGUCUCAUAGGCACCUUAGCCCAUGUAGACGCAGUCUUUCGUAAUCGGCUAAAAAGAGAAUUGGCUAGCUACCGUUCACCGGCUUCAUUAGGUCGAACACCUUUUGCGGACAAUCUGUUUGAAAUUACCUUCGGUACAGCUUCCAUCGAAAGCCACUUUCGUACAUUAGAUGAGUAUCAGCGGAUUAGACUUUUGUUACUGUUAUGCAGAACAGGCUCAAUUUCGAUGAUGAAAAUGUUGAUCGACCUUGGGGUUGAUGUCAAUGGAGGUAACGGGCGGAAGAACUUACUGGGAUCUGCUGCAGCAGCCGAGAACAUGGAAAUUGUUUGUAUGCUCCUUGAAGCCGGUGCGAAUGGCUCUUUAGCCUUCAAGACCUUCCUGGAUGAAAGCGCGCAUCUCUCCGAUGCACUGUUCAGGCGACUUCUUGGAAUGCUAGUGGAAAAUGCUCGGCCGGCAUCAUUUGAGCCGGUGGAAGACCCUUUGCUUAGUAUCUUAGCAUCGCGCAGGGCGCUCCAUUUCUACCCUCAGGCGCCAGAGAUCCUUCUCAACCGAAAAGUGUUUAGUGACAUAGGUUUCGGAGGAGGAACCAUCAAACAAGCAAAUUACAUGUAUCGUGCUAUCUCAGGAAAAAGAUCUUCCACGGUCGACCUUCUCCUACAGAAUGGAGCACAUGCCAACGCUCGAAUAUCACACUCCGUUGAUUGCAAUGGGGAUUGGUUCAAAUCAUGUACAUGGUUAACAUUUUCCGUAAUGUGCGGUGCGGCAUCUUGUGCUGACAUUCUCGUUCAACAUGGGGCAGAUGUCACUGCUUUGGAUGGAGCUGGCAGGUCCGCAGCCCAGUUGGCUAUGACUAACGCAUUUGCUGAACAUCCUCGCUUUCGAGAGACCUGGCGAGAUCAUUUGAGCUACAGUUGGGACCCGCCUCUGUCCGUCACAGCCGAAGAAGACGCAGAGAUUUUAGCCGUGGUGGAGCGUGCCUUCAACCUGAAAUUUCGGGGCUCGCGGAGCCUAGAAGACUGUAUUCAACUCAGCAACGAACCCACUCUUCAACCUCCCCCCCGGCAAGACGAACCUGUAUCAAUAAUUCGAAAGACGCUGGAAAAGGCUCUUGGUAUCGUUCUCACUCCAACUCAAACACAGUUCCUCUGUGACCGUCUCAGGGUUCUCUAUCUUGAUAUCAGAAAACUUUGGUCCCUGCCGUUCUACGAAGCCUUACUCAUGAGAUUGAUCUACGUCUUUUCAUACAUCAUACUUCUUGCUUUGGAGACAUUCGCGUUCAUCAAAGGGCACAAGCGCAUCCCAAUGCCAUCUAGGUCUCUCCUGUCCGCGGCCGCGGUGCUGAUGCUGGCUCUUGUCUGGGGCUCUUCGCAAAUGGGUGUCUCCUGGGGGGCAAUCACUGCUGGUUCAAAGUCUGAGACGGAUUCUUGA